GCACCUGCAGUUACCGGCCUCUGUCCAUUCCAAGAGCCGAGUGCCGCGCGCUGCGCUGCGACAGAAGGAGUGGCACAGCGUGUGUGUGAUCGUGAUUCGUGAACGUGUGUGAUAGAGAGAGAAGGAGAACGAGAGAGAGAGAGAGAGAGAGAGAGACAGAGAGAGGACGACUGUGUGUACAAUAGAGAGAGAGAGAGAGAGAGAGAGUCAGAGAGAGAGAGAGAGAGAGAGAAAUGUGUGAGUGCAUCUCGCGCAUAUUGCUGGAAUCACCGAGCAUCACACAUCUCUGGACUCUCCGCCGUCAAACCGUCAAUGUAGCUGUGUGUGUGAACUUUAAUUAAACUACACGUACACCCCAUCGAUACGGACUGGGAUACAAAGCUCGGGAAGCUCCGUGUGUUGGAAGGCGCUGCGCGCUGCAGACAUGGGUACCGUUCUGUCUCUGUCGCCGAGGUCAAGGAAGGCAGCGGGCGGUGUGUGUGUGGACGAGAAACCGGACCUUGCGACCGGCGGGAAACCACAGGAGAAGAGCCUAAAGAAGCGCCACUCGGUGCUGCUCCAUGCUCUGACGUGGAAGCGGCUGGUCGCCGCAUCAGCCAAAAAGAAGAAUGCCAAAAAGGUGAACCCCAAACCCGACCCCAGCCAGGCCAAAUCCGACCCCUUGGUGGACCAGCUCAACACCGACAACAUCAAGAAAUCACAACCGUCCAACGGAAUACUCGACCGAAAACCGACAGGGCCCAAACCCGGGCCAAUUCCUGUGCCUGUUCCUACAGUACCGGACCAGACCCGGCGGCAGACCCAGAAUGGACGCUUAUUCAUCUCCCCUCGGAGGGUGGUGGUGCAGGCGUCCACCGGCGAGCUGCUGAGGUGUCUCUCUGACUUUCUCUGCCGCCGCUGCUUCAAGCUCAAAGAGCUCACUGCCAAUGAGGUCAUCCUGUGGUUCCGUAACGUGGACCGGGCUCUGUUAGUGCAGGGCUGGCAGGACCAGGGCUUCAUCACCCCGGCUAACCUGGUCUUCGUCUACUUGCUCUGCCGAGAGGCCGUGGAGGAAGACACGGUGUCUGAGUACGAGCUGCAGGCGACCUUCCUCACCUGCCUGUACCUGGCCUACUCCUACAUGGGCAACGAGAUCUCCUACCCGCUCAAGCCGUUCCUGGUGGAGUCCAGCCGGGAGGCCUUCUGGGAGCGGGCCCUUGGUCUCAUUGACCGGAUGAGCGGGCCAAUGCUGAGGAUAAACGCAGACCCGCACUACUUUACCGAGGUGUUCCAGGACCUGAAGAACGAGGGAGGGUCAAGGGAGAAGGAGAAGGAGAAGGAGAAGAAGGAGAAGGAGAAGGAGAAGGAGAAAGACGGGAAACGGAUAAGCGAGUUGGAUCGUUAAGAACUGGAUGAGGGGAGGAGAGAGAGAGAGAGAGAGCGAGAGAGGGGAAUUUGCUUUAGGACAUGGUCGCGGACACCAGCCACACACCCGCCGGUUGUUUGAGCGGGGAUUGAAUGUAUACGCUUGGUGAACCGGACAAACGCACGGCGGGGAUUUGAUCAGGAACCUGAGUCUGUGGAAUCAGGAGGAAUCGGUCACACGCCUAGCUUCACCUCGCACCUUGUCAUGUGUUCAGUCAAAGCUCGGGGAAUCUAACGGACACUACACCGGACUUUGGGCGGAAAGGGAUAGCUAUAGUUAACUUUACUGCAUGCUGUAUAAAAAAUAUUCUGAUUGUACCGUUAUUGUGGCUUUUGAGAAAUGGAUAGGCUAUUAUACGGUGGACUAAAGUGAUAGCUUAUAGCGCGUCAGUGUUUUGGGGAAAAAUGUAUAUUUUGGUUUCAUGAGAGGGGGAAAGACACCGUGCUCUCCAAGGUACUGGGCUCAGUCGCGUGAGAGACGCUGCCUGCCCCCCACCCCCACCCCUUCUGAACGUUGAAUGUACUAUUUUACCACUUCAAACCAACGGGAUUCUUUACCGUUAACACGUGGCAACUGUUACUAUGGUAUUAUAGAACGUUCUGUUUUAUAUAUUGUACAUUCAAAAAUACAAGUAUAAAUCGUUACAAACGGUC